AUCAUGGGAAAUGGGCGUGGCUACAUGAGCUGAAUAAAGUUUUUUUGAAAAACGGGGUCACAUGACCGCUGGAGUCUCGAGCUGAUCGGAUCGCCGUCCACCGACCAUGCCCACCACCCAGCAGUCUCCUCAGGAUGAGCAGGAGAAGCUCCUGGACGAAGCGGUCCAGGCCGUGAAGGUCCAGUCCUUCCAGAUGAAGCGAUGCUUGGACAAGAACAAGCUGAUGGACGCGCUGAAGCACGCCUCCAACAUGUUGGGGGAGCUGAGGACCUCCAUGCUGUCUCCAAAGAGCUACUAUGAGCUCUACAUGGCCAUCUCUGACGAGCUGCACUACCUGGAGGUCUACCUGACGGACGAGUUCGCGAAGGGCCGUAAGGUGGCCGACCUGUACGAGCUGGUGCAGUACGCCGGGAACAUCAUCCCCCGACUGUACCUGCUGAUCACGGUGGGCGUGGUCUACGUCCGCUCCUUCCCUCAGUCCCGUAAAGACAUCCUGAAGGACCUGGUAGAGAUGUGCCGCGGCGUCCAGCACCCCCUCAGGGGGCUCUUCCUCAGAAACUACCUGCUGCAGUGCACGCGCAACAUCCUCCCCGACGACGGCGAGCAGGCGGAGGGGACGGAGGAGAUGACGGGCGACAUCAACGACUCGGUCGAUUUUGUGCUCCUGAACUUCGCUGAGAUGAACAAACUGUGGGUCCGGAUGCAGCACCAGGGUCACAGCCGGGACCGCGAGAAGAGGGAGAAGGAGCGGCAGGAGCUGCGGAUCCUGGUGGGCACCAACCUGGUCCGGCUCAGCCAGCUGGAGGGCGUGAACGUGGACAAGUACAAGCAGAUCGUUCUUCCUGGAGUCCUGGAGCAGGUGGUGAACUGCAGAGACUCUCUGGCUCAGGAGUACCUGAUGGAGUGCAUCAUCCAGGUUUUCCCUGAUGAGUUCCACCUUCAGACUCUCAACCCCUUCCUGCGCUCCUGCGCGGAGCUCCACCAGAACGUCAACGUGAAGAACAUCAUCAUCGCCCUCAUUGACAGACUUGCUCUGUUCGCUCACCGAGAAGACGGCCCCGGCAUUCCCGCUGAGAUCAAGCUCUUCGACAUCUUCUCCCAGCAGGUGGCCACCGUCAUCCAAUCUCGUCAGGACAUGCCAUCAGAGGACGUGGUCUCCCUGCAGGUGUCUCUCAUUAACUUAGCCAUGAAGUGUUAUCCUGACCGCGUCGACUACGUGGACAAAGUCCUGGAGAGCACCGUGGAGAUCUUCAACAAACUUAACCUGGAGCACAUAGCGACGAGCAGCGCCGUCUCCAAAGAGCUGACCCGUCUGCUGAAGAUCCCGGUGGACACCUACAACAACAUCCUGAUGGUGCUGCAGCUCAAGCAUUUCCCGCCGCUCUUCGAAUACUUCGACUACGAAUCUCGCAAAAGCAUGAGCUGCUACGUGCUGAACAACACGCUGGACUAUAACACCAUCAUCGUGGCACAGGAGCAGGUGGACGCCAUCCUGAGCCUGGUCUCCACGCUCAUCCAGGACCAGCCGGACCAGCCGGCGGACGAGCCCGACCCAGAGGACUUUGCUGAGGAGCAAAGCCUGGUGGGUCGUUUCAUCCACCUGCUGCACUCUGAAGACCCAGAUCAACAGUACCUGAUUCUGAACACGGCCCGGAAACACUUUGGUGCCGGAGGGAACCAGAGGAUUCGGUACACGCUGCCCCCGCUGGUGUUCGCCGCCUACCAACUGGCCUUCAGAUACAAGGAGAACUCGUCCACAGACGACAAGUGGGAGAAGAAGUGCCAGAAGAUCUUCUCCUUCGCCCACCAGACCAUCAGCGCGCUCAUCAAGGCCGAGCUCUCCGAGCUGCCUCUCCGGCUGUUCCUGCAGGGGGCGCUGGCCGCCGGCGAGAUCGGCUUCGAGAACCACGAAACGGUGGCCUACGAGUUCAUGUCGCAGGCCUUCUCUCUGUAUGAGGACGAGAUCAGCGACUCCAAAGCGCAGCUGGCCGCCAUCACGCUGAUCAUCGGCACCUUCGAGCGGACCCGCUGUUUCAGCGAGGAGAACCACGAGCCUCUGAGGACGCAGUGCGCGCUGGCGGCGUCAAAGCUGCUGAAGAAACCCGACCAGUGCCGCGCCGUCAGCACCUGCGCGCACCUGUUCUGGUCGGGCCGCAGCACCGAUAAGAACGGCGAGGAGAUCCGUGACGGGAAGCGGGUGAUGGAGUGUCUGAAGAAGGCCCUGAAGAUCGCCAACCAGUGCAUGGACUCGUCGCUGCAGGUGCAGCUCUUCAUCGAGAUCCUCAACAGAUACGUCUGCUUCUACGAGCGGGAGAAUGACGCGGUGACGGUCCAGGUGUUAAACCAGCUGAUCCAGAAGAUCAGAGAGGAUCUGCCGAACCUGGAGGCGAGUGAAGAGACGGAGCAGAUCAACAAACACUUCCACAACACGCUGGAGCACCUGCGUCUGCAGAGGGAGUCCCCCGAGUCCGAGGGACCUGCCUACGAGGGGCUGGUCCUGUAAGCCCCGCCCCACUUUCACCUCCAUUUUCAUGUUCACACUCACAAGGUCAGACCACGGUCCUGAAGGCUACAGGCGGACUUGGAGAGCCCCUCCCCGGAUUCUCCUGGUUCCACAGGUCAUCAGCAGGUUCUGCCUUCCUAUUGUUGAUUGGUGGAAUCCAGGAGCACUUCCUGUGACGUUCACCUGCGGCUUGAAGAGAGCUCCUGAGGAUGAAGGAAACUCUGCGGGCCACAUGAGCGUUUUUCAAGCCGCGGCGCCCCCUGCUGCUGCCGCAGAGGGACUGCCUCUCGGCUCUGCAGACGACCCGCCUGCUCUCGGCUCUGCAGACGGCCCGCCUGCUCUCGGCUCUGCAGACGGCCCGCCUGCUCUCGGCUCUGCAGACGGCCCGCCUGCUCUCGCCUCUGCAGACGGGCUGCGUGUUCUCCGUCGGCAGGGUUCAGCUCUGUACAGAAAAGCUUUUCUUUGGUCAUGUUAGGAGCAUGUUUUCUUUCUGCUUUUAGAUGUUUCUUCCCCUUGUAAAUCGGAUAGAUAAGAAAAUGCUUAUGAAAUGGAAAUGGUCAUUUACCACAAUAAAGAUGAAUUCAGAA